AAAAUGGCAUGGACAAAGGAGGUUCAGUUGCUGCCUACUACGAGGGGGAGUUGGUUGUGAACCUAUGGGGAGGCUGGGUGGAUGAAGAGGCAGAUCAAAGGUGGAGGCAAGAUACAAUGCCUUGCUUUCACUCCGCUACAAAGAGUCUUUCAGCUCUGGUCAUAGCACACCUUGUAGACAGGAAUCUACUUAAGUAUACAGACAAAAUAGCGACCCAUUGGCCAGAGUUUGCACAACAUGGAAAAGAAGACAUCACUUUGGAGACCUUUAUAACAAAUAAGGCUGGAUUGAGCGGAACUCGUGAACCUGUCCCUGUGAGGUUACUUCUAGACGACCCAAAGAAAUUAGGGGAUAUCUUAGCAAAGCAGAAACCGCUGUGGGAACCGGGUAUGUAGAUAAAAGCCUUUGUUCAUAAAUAAUUUCUGUAGUCAAGUAUAACCAAUUGUUACCACAAAAUGUGUUAUUGCAAUAUGGAACAAUAUUCUCUAUGUGUUGAUUGGGUUGCAAGUUUCAAAUGUA